CUGAGAAAGCAGUAGGAAUCUCUCUCUUCUUUCUCUCUCUAGGCUCGCCUCUGCCGCACUGUUGUAGCCAUGGACGAAACUGCCCUCGGUUUCUCCACCGAACGCCCAACGGCUCCCUCCCCCUUGUCCUCCCAGAUUCCAUCAACAGUCAAAGAUCCUCUCCUCUGCUGAUCGAGAGAGCUCUCUCUCUCUCUCUCUGUUACCUCGCGCUUUCUCUCUCUUCCCCACCCCCGCCCCCGUUCCGCGGCGCUGAUGGCGGAGGGAGGCUUCGUUUGACGCCUCGAGCUCGGGCGCGGUUCGUUCGUUUUGUCAGUAGAUGGAUUUGAUCGAAGGAGUCGGAGAGAGCUCGUCCCCGCCGAGGAGCUUCGUCGGGAGCCUGAGCGGGAACUUCGACGUGAGGAACGACGUGUACGCUCGGCUGGUGGAGACCGGCAAUGAGGAGGCCGUGAGCAAUCCGGAGUUCCGCGAGCUUCUGGAGGCUCACUUCAAUAGAUUGCCGUCUAGUUAUUUGCUUGAUGUCAAUAUGGAUAGAGUGGAGGAUGUAUUGUUGCAUCAGAAACUUCUUAUACAGGCCAAAGAGCCAGGCAAGCGUCCUGUUUUCCAUGUUCGUUUCUUGGAGAACAUUCCUGUCAAGGCCGAUGGCAGCGAUGAUUUACAGUUGACAAGUACUUCAAAAGGACCAUGUUAUGAUGAAGACAAUGCAGCCAUUUUGCCAUCAGAGAAUAACAGCAAUGGUGAUGUUGCGAAUGAAUUUGAACCUUGCUCUAAGCUUGAGGACCUGAAUUUGGAUGUUAGAAAGAUCUCCAAUGACGUGCAUGGAAUAUAUCCUCCAGAGACAAACUCGAAAUGGCAAGAGAUAUCUAAUAUUCCCAUUCACGAAGUGAUAUUUUCUACAGUCGAUAAACCAAAGCUUCUUAGUCAGCUUUCUGCUUUGCUCUCUGAUAUAGGACUUAACAUCCGGGAAGCGCAUGUGUUCUCCACCACUGAUGGCUACUCCUUGGAUGUGUUUGUUGUGGACGGAUGGUACUCUGAGGAUACGGAAGGUUUGAAUGAAGCAAUGGUAAAAGCUAUUGCUAGAAACAAGGAAUCAUGGUCUGGUUCAUCACAUUCUAAUUCAGCUGUAGAAAAAGCUUUAGCAGCACAUGCCAAGUCUGCUGACGGUGAAAUAGAUAGGAGAUUACUCAAGAUAGGGGAGAGAAUUGGUUCUGGCUCUUGUGGAGAUUUGCAUCGAGGAGAUUAUCUUGGCCAAGAUGUUGCAGUUAAAAUCCUUAAGUCUGAGCAGUUAAAUGAUACUUUGCAGGAUGAGUUUGCUCAAGAAGUGGCAAUCCUAAGGCAGGUUCAGCACAAAAAUAUUGUUCGUUUUAUUGGUGCAUGUACCAAGCCUCCUCACUUCUGUAUUGUAACUGAGUAUAUGCCUGGAGGGAGUCUGUACAGCUACUUGCAUAAGAAUCAUAAUGUCUUAAAGCUCCCUCAGUUGCUAAAAUUUGCAAUUGAUGUCUGUGAAGGCAUGGAAUAUCUGCAUAAAAGCAAUAUAAUUCAUAGGGACUUGAAGACAGCAAAUUUGCUAAUGGACAACCAUAAUGUUGUUAAAGUUGCUGAUUUUGGUGUCGCUCGAUUUCAAAGCCAAGGUGGAGUGAUGACUGCAGAAACAGGAACUUACCGGUGGAUGGCUCCUGAGGUUAUAAACCAUCAACCAUAUGAUGAGAAAGCAGAUGUCUUCAGCUUUGCUGUUGUACUUUGGGAAUUGAUAACAGCCAAGAUUCCUUACGAAAACUUGACUCCACUUCAAGCUGCUCUGGGAGUGAGACAAGGACUGCGUCCGGAACUUCCUGAGAAUGCACACCCCAAACUGCUUGAGGUGAUGCAAAGAUGUUGGGAGGCAGAACCAGGCAAAAGACCUGCUUUUUGUGAGAUAACCGUCGAAUUGGAACAUCUUCUUCAGGAAGUCCAGGAACUCCCCCAAGUAGCGAAUGGAAAGUGAAUAGUAUCACACGUGAUUAUGUACCGGAUUUGCACAGUAAAUGGCUGAGAAUCCUCCUUUUUCCACCCAAUAGUUAUACAGGUUACGUUGUACAAUAGAGAGAGUGAGAGUGGCACGAGUAAAUACAGAAAGUAGAAAUACCAGAGUUAUACUGACUGCUUUUCCGACUGACCUAGGGCAACGCGGGUUGUAAACAUUUGAUAUCGCCUACAUUAAUAUAAUUAAAGGGGUUUGUGUUUCAUGGGGAGAAGAAUGAUGAAGUGGGGUGCCUCGGUACCUAUGCGUGGAAUGGGAUGUUCUUCGAUUUUGGAUAGCUCAAUGUAUUAUCAGGUAUUAAGAUUCACAUAUAUGUAUUUGAUCAAUUUCGGCUCCCAAGGUCUUGAAAUUUUUCUAGUUGCAUUGUAGGUCA